AUGUUUGACGACGUUGAGAAGGAUGAUGAGGACGAAGUGGAGGAGAAUAACUGGAAAUGGGGCUUCAAGUGCCCAAAUCUGCUGCGGGUGAAGCUGGGUUGGGGCAAGCGGGACCUCGAGACUGUGGGGUUCGAGCCGCUGCGCAGUCUGACUCUCAAACACGUGGACUGGGAAUACGUGGAUGUUGAGUAUCUAGGCACACUCACACCGCAACUCACAGAGCUUGCGCUCUAUCAUAGCUGGGAUGUGGACUGGCUAUCCUCAGGCCCCGGUGGUGGUGGCACAUUCACUUUCGACUUAUCAAAAGCUGAAACCGCCCGCUUUUACUUCCUAAGGAGCAACCUCACGCUCGCCCUCACCCUCUCUCCCGCGCUCAAGACCUUCGCGGUGAUGGGACAUCACCUCGUGCUCUCGUGCCAGACCACCGAACCUCUCGCUCUCCACCAGCUGUCGCUGUACGAGCAGCAGCGGCUUGUCAUUUCCUCCCUCCACCUCGCCUCCGCACGACAGCAGGAGCAGGAGGAGGAGGAGGAGGAGGAGGAGGAGGAGGAGGAGGAGGAGGAGGAGGAGGAGGGGGAGGAGGAGGAGGAGGAGGAAGAGGAGGAGGAGGAGGAGGAGGAGGAGGAGGAGGAGGAGGAGGAGGAGGAGGAGGAGGAGAAGAAGAAGCAACAGCAAGAAGUAAGACCUCCGUUUAUCUUGGCUCCAAACGUGCGAGCAAUCUUCUUUCCCACUUGCACAUGCGAGCAGCAAACUAUUGCUUCCCUCCGUGAAUUCUGUCUCUCUCUCACCCUGUACUGCAUCUCACGUCGCUCGUUCUACUGGGAGAAGCAGAGGAUGCAGUUGCCGGAGACCCCUGUGGUGCGCGUGAGGAAUGCGAGAAGUGGGGUGCCACGUGCUUGCUUUGCAGAGAAGCGGCCGAAGAACGUGAGGGAGAAGAUACAGUGUUUGAAUAGGGAGCCGGUUGAUGGGUACAGUGUUGAUGUGGAUGAGGCGUAUAUGUUUAAGUACAAAGGGAGGCUGUGGAGGACUUAUUGGGGUGACUUAAUAGUCACCCGAUAG